ACCUACCUAAACUCUCUAUACAUUAAACUCUGUUCUCCCCUUCACAAGUAUCUCAUUGCUAGGUUUCUUACAAUUUCUUCAUCGUGUGUAGACCUUGUCACAUAAGAAAGCAAGUCCUUGGUUUCUUUCUUGGUGUCUUGGUUCUUCUUUAGCCAUUAUGGCUAGAGCGCUAAAUCUUGUGUUCUCUCUCGCAAUUCUCAUGUCACUGGUUUUCUCUUCAACUGCUCAGUCAUGUAAGAGCUAUGCUUUCUCCAGCAACAAGAUCUUUAGGGCAUGCAAUGAUCUUCCAGUCUUGAACUCAUAUCUUCAUUGGAACUAUGAUUCAUCAUCAAACAAGCUCCAAAUUGCAUAUAGACACAAAGGAAUCACUUCCUCUAAAUGGGUUUCAUGGGCUAUCAACCCUACUUCAACUGGCAUGGCUGGUUCACAAGCCCUUGUUGCAUACCAACAAACUGAUGGAACUAUGAGGGCUUACACAUCACCUAUCAGUAGCUACCAAACCUCAUUGCAAGAAGGGAAACUUAGUUUUGAUGUUUCAGAUUUAUCAGCUACGUUAGCAAAUAAUGAGUUGAUCAUGCUUGCUACUAUAGAACUUUCAAACACUAGCACCACUGUUAACCAGGUUUGGCAGGAUGGUCCACUCUCUGGUAAUGCUCCUCAGAUUCAUUCCACUAGUGGGUCUAAUGUCCAAUCCAUGGGGACUUUAAACCUUCUUUCUGGAGAAUCUAGUUCUACAGGAGGGAAUGGAAAAAAUAGAAAGAGAAAUAUUCAUGGGGUGCUAAAUGCUGUCAGUUGGGGUAUUCUGAUGCCAAUUGGUGCUUUGAUAGCAAGGUACUUGAAGGUAUUCAAAUCUGCAGAUCCUGCAUGGUUUUAUCUCCAUGCCAGUUGCCAAUCCAUAGCCUAUAUUGUUGGUGUUGCUGGGUGGGCUACCGGUCUAAAACUUGGCAGUGAAUCAGCUGGUAUUCAAUAUGAUGCUCAUAGAACAAUUGGCAUCAUCCUUUUCUGCCUCGGAACCCUUCAGGUGUUUGCUUUGCUUCUAAGGCCAAAAGCUGAUCACAAGUAUAGAUUUUACUGGAACAUCUACCACCAUUUAGUUGGGUACAGUGUUAUCAUCCUUAGCGUCAUCAACAUAUUCAAAGGAUUCAACAUUUUGAACCCUGAUGAGAAGUGGAAGAAUGCAUACAUUGGUGUCAUUGUGGCUUUGGCCUUAAACGCUGUCUGGCUGGAAGGUUAUACAUGGUAUGUUGUGGUGAAAAGGAAAAGUUCAGAGACUGCUGGAAAGAUGCCUCAUUUCACCAAUGGAUCAAAUGGGGCUAAUGGGUACGGUGGGAGACCACAACAAGGGGUGUAAAUUAAACUAUGGGAUAUCAGUUGUGAAUUUCUGUUUGUUUUUCCCUCUUUCAUCCUUUGCUUUUGCAGAGUUUGUGCACCCUCAUGUAUAUUUAUGGAGGCCCCAUAUGCAGAGGGAGGUUAGGGUUAGAAGUGAUUCUUUCACUGGUUAGUCUUUAGGAGUUUUCUGCCUGAACAUGGUCCUUGAGAUCACAUGUAUUUGCCUCUCUCUGUUUAUUUAUUAUAUAUAUCCUGUUUUCCCCCUUGUUUCC